AUGCAGCGCCACAUCCUCCGCCAAGUGCCCCGCGUCCAGGCCAGCGCCUUCGCCGUCAAGUCCGCCGCGACCGCCGCCAAGGCCUCGCCGCUGCUGCUGACCCGCCACUUCUCGGCGAAGGUCCCUGUGAAGCAGACCAACCUGCUAAUCGACGGCGAGUUCGUGCCGGCCAUCAAGGGCAAGACCUUCGAGACGUUCAACCCCGCCACCGAGGAGAAGAUCGCCGAUGUCGCGGAGGGCGGCACCGCCGACAUUGACGCGGCCGUGGCAGCCGCUCGUGCGGCCUUCGAGGGCCCGUGGCGCACCAUGUCCGCUGAGGACCGCGGCAAGCUCAUCUACCGCCUCGCCGAGCUCAUCGAGGAGAACAUCGACGAGCUCGCGGCGCUGGAAGCUCUGGACAACGGCAAGCCGUGCUCGGUCGCGAAAGCCGCCGACCUCGGCCUCGUGAUCAAGACCCUCCGCUACUACGCCGGCUGGCCCGACAAGAUCCACGGAUCCGUCAUCCCCAUCUCGGGCCCCUACCUCUGCUACACCAAGGCUGAGCCCGUCGGCGUGUGCGCUCAGAUCAUCCCGUGGAACUUCCCGCUGCUCAUGAUGGCGUGGAAGUUGGGCCCCGCUCUCGCUGCUGGCAACACCAUCGUGCUGAAACCCGCUGAACAGACCCCGCUGUCGGCUCUGCGUGUGGGUGAGCUGAUCGUGGAGGCUGGCUUCCCCAAGGGUGUGGUGAACAUUGUGCCGGGUGUUGGUGCCGAGGCCGGUCGCCACCUGGCCCAGCACCCGAACGUCGACAAGGUCGCCUUCACGGGCUCUACCGAGGUGGGCUACCAGAUUAUGCGCACUUCGCACGUGAGCAACCUCAAGCGUGUGACGCUGGAACUCGGUGGCAAGUCCGCCAACAUCAUCCUCGACGAUGCUGACAUCGACCUCGCCAUCCAGCAGUCGCAGCUGGGCCUGUUCAUGAACCAGGGCCAGUGCUGCAUUGCCGGCACGCGUGUGUACGUGCAGGAGGGCAUCUACGACGAGUUCGUCAAGCGCACGGUGGAGGCCGCGAAUGCUCGCGUGGUCGGCGACCCGUUCGACCCCAAGACGGACCAGGGCUCGCAGAUCGAUGAGACUCAGUUCGAGAAGAUCCUUGGUUACAUUGAGGAGGGCAAGAAGGAAGGUGCCAGACUCCUUGCUGGUGGCAAGCGCCACGGCAACAAGGGCUGGUUCAUUGAGCCCACCGUGUUCGCCGACGUCACGGAUGACAUGACCAUCGCUCGUGAGGAGAUCUUCGGCCCCGUCAUGUCCAUCCUCAAGUUCAAGACCAUCGACGAGGUCAUUGCUCGCGCCAACGACUCCGUCUACGGCCUGGGCGCUGGUGUGGUGACCAGCAACAUCGACAACGCCAUCAAGAUCUCCAACGGCAUCCGCACGGGCACGGUGUACGUGAACUGCUACGACGUGUUCGACUCGAACACUCCGUUCGGUGGCUUCAAGGACUCUGGCAUCGGCCGCGAGAAUGGCGAGCUGGGCCUGCGCAACUACCUGGAGCACAAGACGGUGAUCAUCAAGCGCCCCGAGGAAUCGAUGCCGUAAGCAG